UCCAACUUCCGUUAAGGCCCACCAGCCAGUCGGCCACCACGAGUCCUUGACCUUCUCCGUCUUCUUCCUCUCCAUGUCCAUUCUACUGAACUGAAAUCCUUUCCGUUUCUUUCCUCUGAAUCUUCCAACUCCAAAUUAUGGCCCGCUUUGCGUCACAUUGAAAGGCAUUGAUAUAGUCGGACUAGAAAGGGGGAAAACAAACGAUAUCGGUCAGGUUUGGCCACUUAUUGAAUGCGCUUAGACUUCGUCUCCAUGGCGGCUGCUGGCGCAGGAGCCUCGGCGGCUCCGUGGUUUCCACCCCUUCGCCACUGGCGGACCACCACCACUGCUACAAUCAAGCCGGCAGCUAAGGUGCCGGCCUCAGGUUCGACUGCGGCCCGGCCAUCCGUUCCGUCGCCGACCGAAUCGAGGAAUGGCUCCAGGAGUGGAAGGUUCGAGAUGAAGUCUGAAGUCCAGCCUGUUGUUCAACGUGGCGAUGGCUCGGUGGCGUUAUCGGAUGCGGAGUGCGCGAGUUUGAAGGAUUACUUUGAUAUGUCGGUGGAGAUGAUCAGAUCGAACGACUGUGGGCCGCCGCGGUGGUUUUCGCCGUUAGAAUGCGGGCCGCCGUCGAACAACUCUCCUCUAUUGCUGUAUUUACCUGGGAUUGAUGGUACGGGACUUGGACUUUUUUUGCAUCAUCAAAGACUUGGGAAGAUUUUUGAAACAUGGUGCUUGCACGUUCCCAUUAUGGAUCGAACACCAUUUAAAGAACUGGUGAAGCUGGUUGAGAGAACAGUGAGGUUAGGGAAUUACUAUUCACCAGACAGACCUAUAUAUCUUGUUGGAGAAUCUAUUGGAGGAUGCCUUGCACUGGCUGUUGCUGCUCACAACCCUGAUAUUGAUCUCAUAUUGAUUUUGUCAAAUCCAGCUACAUCAUUCAAUAAGUCGCAGCUGCAAGCACUGACACCUUUUGUGGAAAUCAUGCCCAAACAAUUGCAUCUUAUUAUCCCCUAUAUACUGAGUUCAAUGACAGGCAUCUCUCUGAAUAUGAUGGCAGCUACAAUGGAGAAAGGUCUUCCUCUGCAACAAACAGUUGGAGAGCUAUCACAGGAUGUCGUAGCAUUAACAUCUUAUCUUUCUGUCCUUGCUGAUGUUUUGCCAGGAGAAACGCUGCUUUGGAAGUUUCAGAUGCUUAGGUCAGGUGCAACAUAUACAAAUUCACGUCUCCAUGCUGUGAAAGCGCAGACAUUAAUUCUUUCCAGUGGAAAGGAUCAGCUACUACCAAGUCAUGAAGAAAGUGAAAGACUUCUUCAUAUUCUCCCAAAAUGUGAGAUCCGCAAGUUUGACAACAGCGAGCAUGCACUAUUCUUGGAAGAUAACAUUGAUCUAGUGACUGUCAUAAAGGGUGCUAGUUUCUAUCGUCGUUCUAGGUUCCUAGACUAUGUCUCAGAUUACUUGCCACCAAGCCCUUCUGAAUUCAGAAAAUUGCAGGAUUCAUGCAGAUGGAUUGAGGUGGCUACUUCCCCAGUCAUGCUCUCAACUUUAGAGGAUGGGAAUAUUGCAUUGGGCCUUUCAGGGAUUCCUUCAAAUGGACCAGUCUUGUUUAUUGGCUAUCACAUGUUACUGGGGUUCGAAGUGGUUCCUUUUAUAUCCAGAUUCUGGUCUGAAAGAAACAUGGUUGUACGAGGGAUAGCACAUCCAAUGCUGUUUAAGAGGUUGAGAGAUGGGAACUUACCUGAUAUAUCAACAUUUGAUGCCGUUAGAAUUAUGGGAGCAGUUCCUGUGUCAGCAACUAACUUCUAUAAACUUCUUUCUUCGAAGUCUCAUGUACUGUUAUAUCCAGGAGGUGUUCGUGAGGCUCUUCAUCGCAAGGGUGAGGAAUACAAACUAUUCUGGCCAGAACGGUCUGAAUUUGUCAGGAUGGCAGCCAGAUUUGGAGCAACAAUUGUACCUUUUGGUGUUGUUGGAGAAGAUGAUUUUGGUGAGGUAGUCUUCGAUUAUGAUGACCAAAUGAAGAUUCCUUUUCUGAAGGCUGACAUUGAAAAGAGGAGAGAAGAGGCUGUCAUGUUAAGGACCGACAUAGAUGGAGAGGUUGCAAACCAAGAUUCACACUUCCCACUAAUUUUACCUAAACAUCCAGGUCGUUUCUAUUACCUGUUUGGAAAGCCAAUUGAAACAAAAGGGAGGAAGCAGGAGUUAAGGGACAGAGACAAAGCGCAUGAAUUAUACUUGGAAGUGAAGUGUGAGGUUGAGAGAUGCAUGGAUUACUUGAAGAAGAAGAGAGAAAAUGAUCCGUACAGGAAUAUAAUGCCUCGCUUAUUUUACCAGGCUACACAUGGCUUUGACUGUGAAGUCCCCACAUUUGAACUUUGAUCAUCUUUUAAGUUAAAGGUAAGUUUCUUCAUCUCUUUUCAUCCAUGGAAAAUCAUGAAAGAAAGCUUAAUAUUAGGCACUACUAGUUCACUUCCCUUUAGCACCUGCAGUCACAUAUAAUCUCUUACGGGUCAUCAUUCAUUCUUAAACCCCCACUUAGGCAAGGCAGACGGGGGUGGUUGUGUACCCAAAUCUCUACGCAGAAACACGACAACUGAACUCGAGAUGUCUGAUAUAUUGUUAUUUUAAUUCGUCCAUUUUUAGUAGGGAGUAUCCUAAAUGUUGUAGAACUUUAAUGUGAAGUUAUAAUAUUUGUAACUUUUUUUAUUUAUUUAUUUUUAUGUCCAAUCCAUUGAUGAGAUCA